UGGCCCGGAAGUGCAGACGGUUUGUAUACACAACGAGGGAAGAUGGCGGAGGGCGCUGGGCCGGAGGCUGCGGCCACCGGUGCAGGGACCGGCGAGUCUGGCGACAUCGCCACUAAGGGAGCCAAGAGGGGUCGCGGCAGGCCGAGGCUGAGUGACAGCGACCGGUUGCGGCAGCGGGUUAACAGCCGCAAGAAGUACGACAAUCGGCGGAUCUAUAUCGGCGAGUCGUUUGCGGUGUGGGCGGCGCUGCGGGAGCGCUACGGCUGGUCCGACAAGAGGUUAGCUGAGCACCUGGUACAGCUAGACCAAGAGCGCAGCAAAUCUGGAGCAGAGGAACAGAACUCGAAAAUUAAUUCCUUACAAAAAGUAAGGAAACAAGCCAUUUCCUCUUUGAAGACUCUAGUUGUGUGGUAUGAACACCAUAAGCAGACAUGCAAGCAGGAACCUCUGCUCUAUGAACUACAACAGGUCUGUGACUGCUCAGUCGCCGUGGUGUGGCAAUGCGAAGCAGGACACCAAUAUCUGCAGCAUAUGGAGCCCAUCCAGAACAUCUGUCAUUCCGUUGAAAAGGGCAACACGACUACCACUGGCGCCAAGGAAAACCUAAAUGGACAGCAGUGUCCUGCAGAGAAUCAAGAGAACAAGGCCAAAAGGGAUGCUAUCCGAAGGAAACCCGGGCAGUCGAAUGAAUUGUACAUGAAGUGCGAAUCAGACACAUCAACCUGUGAUGAGUUAGAUUCGGAUCACAAGUUUAAGGAAUAUUUCAAUGUGAAACUCAUUGACGUUGAUGCUAGUAACACUAAUUAUGAGGGUGGAAACAAAGUCAAUGGCAAGGCACUUCAGUUGACUUCAGUUAAACUUUCCAAAGAGGAAGAGAAGAAUAAGGAUCAAGACAGGACCAUAGUUCAUGAGCCAGCAUCUCCAUGUCAAGCUCAGUCACCUUGUAAGAACUCCAAGACUGAAGGCAACCACCACGCAUUACCAGUAGAGCUGCCUACCCUCAACACCAUUGUACAGACAGUUGAGAAGGAUCCAUUGUACACCUUAGCUGCUAACUGCCCUGUAACUGUGCAGAUUUCUACAGUACAGGGUUCAGAAAUCACCAGUAUUACAGAAGAACUAGGGCAAGUGCCCUUGGACACUGCCCGAGUAAAUCCCACUGAGUAUGAGGAAAUGACUUGCACUUUCUCGGAACAGUUGACAUACGUAAAUCCCGUGGGGGAAUGCUACACCAUUGAGGAACAGAAUGAGACCACUGAGUGGAAUGAGCAUCCAGAUGUGAUAGGAGAGAGAACUGUCGUUGAUGGCUCUGGAUUGCCUCCAGAUCAACCAAGUGAAAAUGCACAGGAUGUGCCACAUAAACCAAAGAGGAAAAAACGGGGUCACGUUAUUGAUGCUGAUGGGAUGUUUCAGCUGUUUCAUUGUCCGCAUGAAGGAUGCAACCAGGUCUACAUCACAUUAAAUAGCUUCCAGAAUCAUGUCAACCUUGUGCAUAGGAAGGGAAAAACGAAAGUCUGCUCACACCCUGGUUGUGGGAAGAGGUUUUAUUUAUCAAAUCACCUACGGAGACAUAUGAUCAUUCAUUCAGGAGUGCGAGAUUUUAUUUGUGAAACAUGUGGGAAGUCAUUUAAAAGGAAGAAUCACCUUGAAGUUCAUCGAAGGACACACACGGGCGAGACGCCGCUCCAGUGUGAAAUAUGUGGCUAUCAGUGUCGACAGAGGGCUUCUCUGAACUGGCACAUGAAGAAACACGACACCGAGAUACAGUAUAACUUCACCUGUGAAUACUGUGGCAAGAAGUUUGAGAAGAUGGACAGCGUCAAAUUUCAUAAGCUAAAGAGUCACCCUGAGUGUCAGACCCUGUGACCUUGCUGGACUUGGACUGCUGUGACAAGAGGAGCAUGCACAGAUCCUCCUUGCCUUCCCAUAAAGUCUGUGCAAAGCACUGUUAAUUCAAAAAUGAUAUUUUAUAUUUUCAGCUUCUCUCUAUUAAAAAUUUUCAAGCUGUUAGGGGGUAGGGUGGGUGUUGCUGACAUGGGGGACAUGCAGUAAGCUUACUUGAAUCCUGGGGCAAUGCAGUCACUGAGAGUGGCAUCCUGCUCAGGGUAAAGCCUGACCCAACCACAGCCAAACUGUGACAGAUAUGAGCGCAAAGACCGUUAUUAGAAAAUAAAAAGUGUAGGGAAUUAAAGACUUGAAGUCAUAGGGCACUACAGCACAAAAACAGGCCCUUUGGCCCACCUAGUCCAUACUGAACAGUUAUUCUACCUGGUUCCAUAGACCCGUACCUGGACCUUAGCCUUCCAUACCCCAAAUAAUCCAAAUUUCUCUCAAAUGUUGAAGUUCCAAUAUUAUUGAUAUAUUUUCUGUAGGUAGGUGACUAGAACGGUUCUGCAUGCACGUCACUAUUGAUCAAGUAUUAGGGGCAAACAAUGAUAUCAAACACAUCAUCCUGUUGUACACAAAAUGCUGGAGGAACUCAUAAGUUGGGCAGCAUCAGUGGAAGGAAAUAAACAGUCUAUGUUUGAGCUGAGACUCUUCAUCAGAGCAGUGGACUAGGGAGAGCCCUGAUGAAGGCAAAAAGCAACAAAGCCACUGGUGCUGACAGGAUCAAGUACUUCAAGUAGAUCUUGAAGUAAGAUGGACCAGCAUUCUGGCACUGCAUGUGUGGCCUGUUCAUGAAGGUCUGAGAAAAGGAACAUCUACCCUCAGCUUAGGGAUGUUGUAAUAGUGUCCAUAUUCAAGAACUUGUCAAAUACAGUUAAUGUUCUUGCAUGUAUCCUACAAAGUUGACUGUUUACUUCCCUUCAUAGGGAACUGAUCUGUUUAGUUCCUCCAAAUUUGGGUGUAAAACAAAAGUAGCCCCUAGUCCUUGAAAUUCCAUUCAGUAACAUUACAGUCUGGUUCUGGUCUUUGGCUUCUCUUUCCCUAUUGGUGUGAUUCAAAUCUAACCCAAAAGAUCUCUCAGAACUCGUACCCUAGUCUGACAGAAGAUUUGAUUCCAUCGAGCUUAGGUCAGGUAGCCAAGUUGUGACUCUGAAAUGACUGCUGCUGAAGCCAAAGACAGGGUUGGUACUGAACUUGUAAAUGGUGAAUUAAAUGGUGUACUUUUAGAACUCCAGCCUGCUACUGGAUCUUCCAGGUGGCACACCAUGUUAGUAAGGUUGAAGUUGCACUGGUGUGGGCAGUGGGAUAGAGAGAGUAUUGUUUCAUAGAUCUCCCAUAAACUUGUCAACAGGACUGAGCAAUCAUUAGAACGACUGAUAAGCACAGAGAUUUUACAGGUGCUGGAAAUUGUGAAGAAUGUACACAAAAUGCUAGAGGAACUGAGCAGGCCAGGCAGUAUCUAUGGAGUGAAAUAAACUCACAAUGAAAGAUCUUGGUUUGAAACACUGACUAUUCUUGUCUGUAUACACUUCCUGAUCUGUUGAGUUCCUCCAGCACAUGGUGUUGUUCCAUUAGAGGACCAUGAAAAUCUAAGAGCUGAAUUAGGCCAUUUUUGGCCCAUUGGGUCUGCUCUUACAUUAUAUCAUGGCUGAUUUAUUAUCCCUCUCAACCUCAUUUUCUGCCUUUUCUGGUAACCUUUGAGAACAAUCAAGAACCUAUCAAUCAACACUUUAUGACUUGGCCUCUGCAGCCAUCUAUGUCAAUGAGUUCCACAGAUUCGCUAUAUUCUGACUAAAAAGAAGAAGAAUUCUCCUCCUCUCUGUUCUAAAAGAUUAUCCUAUUGUGAGUUGUGCCCUCUGGUCCUAGAGUACCCCUGAACAUUCCAUCCAUGUCCACUCUAUCUAUGCCUUUCGAUAUUCAAUGAGAUCUUACCCCUUAUUCUUCUAAAUUCCAGCGAGUACAGGCCCAGAGCCAUCCUAACACAAUGUCAUUUCCAGUGUCAUUCUCAUGCACCUCUGGACUACCUUCAAUGUCAGCACAUCCUUUCUUAGAUCAAGGACAAAUGUCAUCUUAGAAUCCUUGGUUGACAUCCUUGUCUUGGUUUACCAAAUGGCUCCGGUCCCCUUCUGUGCAAAAGGAUGCACCCUCUCAAGGACCUUUCUUGCCUGGGUUGCUUGCACACUAUCAAGAUAGUGCACAUUUGCACUGUAAACUAUCCAUGCCUGGACAUUAUCUUGGCCCUAGCCUUGUCAUGACUGCACCAUCGCCUGGUUUUCAAAGCAGUGCUGUUUGAUAAUAAGGAAGAGGUGACAGGUAGGAAGUACUUAACUGAUUUUCAGCAUAAUCCUUUAUUAGCCAAGCUGUGCAUAUGGCGUUUAGAGGUUCAUUGAGAAACCAUCCAGAGGAGUAGGCAUUGAGAUGCUUUGGUCCUUGCAAAAGAAUAACCACAAAAGAUAGGAGAAUAAGCAAGAUCUCUGAAGCCAGCCCUCCAGAGCAGAGCAUGACUUGGGGAUAGGAGCAGGACUAAUGACAUCUCUCAAAGGGGCCCUAUCCCACUUUUCUUUAACCCAUGCAUCUAAAGCACGAUGCUUUUUCCUAUCCUGCUCACAAACAGUGCUAACGUGUGAGUGUUUAUACCUAUACCUUUUUGGUCUUAAUGUUAAGCAAGUCAUCAACGAAAUGUUUACAAGUUCGACAAAUAUUUGAAUGUACAUUGAAAGUUUUAAUUUUGUGGUGGUUUAUGUUAGUAAAUGUCAAACUAUUUUAUUGUAAA